CUAGAGGUGCUUGUAAGGGACAAACAGUCAGUCCAGACCGGGCCCAUAAUUGUAAGAGACCCAAUUAUUUUUUAAUAUUAUAUGCAUGCAUAUAAAAGCCCAAGACCCAGCCCAAUAUGUCAAAAGCCUAUCUCAUUCGCCGCCCCAUCCCUUCCUAUUUACUAACGCAAACAGCGGAGGCGCAGAAGCUAGAAGAGGGCGAAGCCUACUGCCGAAGCCGAAUCGGAAAGAGAGUGCCGACUGCUAGAACGCCGCCGGUAGAGAGACGCUGCCGCCAGACGCCGCUGCACCCUCCAGGUACCCUCCAGACUCCAGACGCCGCCGCACCUUCCAACUACUUCAACGCUAUCUUUGCGAUGACUGAAACCCCAAAGGACAAAUCCAGUAAAGCCGAAAAGAUAAAGAAGCAAGACAAAAGUAAGCGGAAGAAAUUAAAUGUGAUCGAAAAUGAUGGUGGCAAGCAUGACAAGGGAGAAGAAAGGACCUUGAAGAAAGAAAAGAGAACUAAGAGAAAGAAUGUGGAGAAGAAGAAGAAGAAGAAAGACAUAGAUGAGAACAUGGGAGAACAUGAGUUAAAGGAAAAGAAAAAAAGGGAUAAGGUUAGAAAGAGGGAGGAAGACGACGAAGGAAGAGAAGAAGAAGAAGAAGAAGAGCAGGAGGAAGAUGAUCAGGAAGAGGAAGAAGAAGCCAAAGAGGUGGAUGAGGAUGCGGUGAAGGAGAUAAAGAAGGUAGUAAGGAGUUCCAGCUCAGGGAUAAUGAGUAUAGAAUCGUUUGAUACUUUGGGUCUCUCAGAGCUGACUAUGAAAGCUAUUAACGAGAUGGGUUUUAAGCACAUGACUAAGAUCCAAGCUCAAGCAAUUCCUCCAUUGUUGGAAGGAAAAGGUGUUCUUGGUGCUGCAAGGACUGGCUCUGGUAAAACUCUUGCAUUUCUCAUACCGGCUGUUGAAAUGUUAUUUAAUGUUCAAUUUACGUAUCGCAAUGGAACUGGAGUCAUCAUCAUUUGCCCCACUAGGGAACUGGCCAUUCAGACUCAUGCUGUGGCAAAAGAGCUGCUUAAGUAUCACUCACAGACUCUGGGAUUGGUUAUUGGAGGUGCAGCGCGAAGAGGGGAAGCUGAGCGUCUUACGAAAGGAGCAAACCUUUUAGUAGCUACCCCUGGGCGUCUUCUCGAUCAUCUUAACAACACCAAGGGCUUUGUAUAUAAGAACUUGAAGGAUAGACAAACUGCUCUAUUUUCUGCUACACAGACUAAGAAGGUUGAGGAUCUUGCUCGCUUGUCUUUUCAAACAACUCCUGUCUACAUAGAUGUGGAUGCUGGAAGAAAGAGGGUAACAAAUGAAGGACUCCAGCAGGGGUACUGUGUCAUCCCUAGUGCUAAGCGGUUUGUCCUUCUUUAUUCCUUUCUGAAGAAGAACCUUUCAAAGAAAGUAAUGGUUUUCUUCUCUUCGUGCAACUCUGUAAAGUUCCACUCAGAACUACUUCGAUACAUCGGCAUUGAAUGUUUAGAUUAUUAUGGAAAGCAAAAGCAGCAAAAAAGGACAUCUACCUUCUUUGAUUUCUGCAAAGUCGAAAAAGGCAUAUUGUUAUGUACAGAUGUUGCUGCAAGGGGUCUUGACAUUCCUGAUGUGGACUGGAUUAUACAGUAUGACCCCCCAGAUUGUCCUACGGAAUAUAUUCACAGAGUAGGUAGAACAGCUCGUGGUGAAGGUGCCAAGGGGAAUGCCUUGCUUUUCUUGAUUCCAGAGGAAUUGAUGUUUCUUUCUUAUCUUCAGGCGGAAAAAGUACCUGUAAAAGAAUAUGAGUUUGAUAACAGAAUGCUGGCAAAUGUGCAGUCUCACCUGGAGAAGUUGGUUUCAAAUAAUUUUUAUCUGAACAAAUCUGCUAAAGAGGCUUAUAGAUCAUACAUAUUGGCAUAUAAUUCACACUCCAUGAAGGAUAUAUUCAAUGUACACCGGCUUGAUUUGCAGGCGGUGGCGGCAUCUUUCUGUUUUUCAUCUCCCCCAAAAGUAAACUUGAAUAUAGACAGCAAUGCGUCCAAGUUCAGGAAGAAGCGCAAAACUGAAGGAAGAUCGAAUGGGUUCAGCAAGGACAGGCCUUAUGGGAAGUAAAGUGGUGGGGAUGACAAGUGAGGUCUGCAGCUAAAAAAGGUUUCUUGCUGGCAAAGAGGUGAAAGAGUGAUUAGUAGAAGAGUGUCUUCUUUAUAUUAUCAUUUUUGGACCUUUAUAUAUUUAUAUUACUGCAUUUAGGGUUUGUUUUUGUAACUUUUUUUUGGGCAUUUAGGGAUUUUUAUGGAAAAGUAGUGCGUUGUACGGAGUAUUUGUUUGUUACCGAGUAGUUUAUCUUGGAGUAUUUUUUUUGAGCACACAAACGUUUUUUUGGUUGAACUUUUUUGAGUAUCUUUUGUUUCUAUU